UCCGCGUUAGUCGCACUAGGAAAACAGCUGUAGAGAGCUAACGCUAGUUAGCACCGUUUGUUUUCCUCGAGUGACACCUAAAAUAUAUCGUCCGCUGAAAAAUCACAAGAAAACCACUCUUCUUUACCGAUUACUCGUCUGUCAUUCCUUUCACAAUGAAGUUCCAAUACAAAGAGGAGCACCCAUUUGAGAAGAGGCGAUCAGAGGGCGAGAAGAUAAGGAAGAAGUAUCCCGAUCGGGUUCCAGUAAUCGUGGAAAAAGCCCCCAAAGCCAGAAUAGGAGACCUGGACAAGAAGAAAUAUCUGGUCCCCUCAGACCUGACAGUGGGCCAGUUCUAUUUCCUCAUCCGGAAAAGAAUCCACCUGCGGGCGGAGGAUGCUCUCUUCUUCUUCGUAAACAACGUCAUUCCACCCACUUCAGCCACCAUGGGACUGUUGUACCAGGAGCACCACGAAGAGGACUUUUUCCUCUAUAUUGCCUACAGUGACGAGAGCGUAUACGGAGAAAGCCAAAGGGAAAUCUGAACCCACUACAUUGAUCCCCCCAGCACCACCACCACCCCGACCACCACCAACCACCACCACCACCACCACCAUCACUCGUCCUCCUUCUCCCCCCCUCCCCCUCUCCCCUCUCCUCCCCUCUCCCCUGAAGUAUUCCCAUCAUUCAUUGAAAUAUUAAAUCCAGUUCAGCAGCCUAGAGGCCCCAGAGUACAUAUGUCGUAUGCACUUCCACCACCACUCCCUGCCGCCGCAACCCUGCUGUCCCCCACUUCCACCUUCCUGCGUGUCUUUAUUACUCUUUCUGCAGUCUGACUCUGUGCUCCCCUGCUCCUGGCUUCUUUACCCAAAGGACAUUGCUUGAGUGGUUCCCUGGCCAGUUAUCUCAUUUUAUAUAUAUAUCUAUUUAUAUAGAUGUAUAUAUGCUAUUUGGAUGCCGUUUAAAAAAAACAAAAAAAAAGAGUUAAAGUUAGGUUCAAUAAACCAGUCGUUUGUUAUUUUGUAGUUAUGUUUUAGUGGAAGGAAGAACAAGGUUGUAGUAAAGAGUGAAUGUUAGAUAAAAUCAGCUCUGGGAGACAAUGACAAUAAUUUGCAACUUAUUCAGUUGGGAUAAUUAUUUUCUUCUUUUUUUGGAGUGUAAUGCAUCUACCCAUGGUUGGAGAUAUGGCAUUAGUUACCAGCCAAAAGCAAGCUGUUUUUGGCUGGGUAAAUUCUUGGUUCUACCGAUACGUUUUGGCGACAUUCUCCCCUGGAACACUAGAGUGGCUAACGAAUUAAAUAGUCUAUCAGACACUCUAGCUGCUAAUUUACAAGUUAAUAACCUCAGUUCAGAACUGAUUUUAGACUGAAGUAGAACAACAUGUCAGACUAAUGAUUCCUCCACUGUCAACGCCUGCUUUCAGUGGUCGGUCUCCUACUUUAAUGCUGUUAUGAUUAUUGAUGUAAUUAUUGUUCUUAUUUUUAGAAGGCUUCGUUUAUAAAGGUGUCGUAAAACGCAGUCCAAUUAUGUUUUUGACUUUUUGGUUCCACUUUUUUAUUUUAAAGAAAAUAA